GUGGAAAAGAUAUUAAGUAACCAUCACUAACCAAUAGCUGCCACUCCUUUUUUUGUGACCGCUGCUGAGCGUCAGACCUGCACGCUGCGUUAACGCGGACUGGCACGCGCGCAUCCAGCAUCGCCACAAACCGGCUUUCCACAGUUCCAGGGAUCUGUCUUUUAGUGUCUGUUAUUAAGAGAUGAUAUCUCAUUGACGUCAGUCACCCCUGGAUUUCCCUGGCCUUAUGUCAACAUGGCAACAGGAAGGAAAAGCUCCACUUCAAAAGGUGGAGUCGUUCGUUUCCCUGACGAUGAGGAGGAUGCCCCCAUUAAUAACAGUUGUGAUGAAAAGACUCAGGAAAAAGUCAUCACUGCUCUGCCAGAGCCUGAUGGUGCAUAUCUUGUAAAGGUGGGAUUCUUAAGGAGCCAUCACAAAUAUGAAAUUGUCUUCUCUUUACCGCAAGUCCCUACGCUGGGCAAAGAUGUCACCCUUUCCCCCGCACUUCGUACUUCGGCACGACCACGCCUUCGUGCAACGUGCAUCACACCGCAGCCUGAGGGAGGUGUAAGGGUGGUUUGUGAGUACAUUGCCAAGCAGGAAGGAGUGGUACAGGAGGAGCUCACCCUGGUCAACAGGAGCAGAAGGGACAGCAGUGUCAAAAUUAGAUUACAAGCCAGAGUCAUGGAGCGCCACCAUGGGACCCCAAUGUUACUUGACGGUGUGCACUGUAUUGGAGAAGAAAAGAAAGUGGCCUCCAAAAAUAAUGACACCAAGAAGAUGUGACUGAAGCUGUUUACUUUCUGUGUAAAUGAAAAUAAACAGAAAUCAAUGCACUUGUGAUUGUGCAUCUGAAUAUGAAGAAACCGACUCACCCCCAGCCCCUCCUACAAGAUCACAGGAUCUACUGAUAGCUUUCUGCACAAGCACAAAAAUAAAGCAUUAAUCACUGUCCACAUA